GGUAACCAAAUCCGUUCGGUUCCGCCUGAAACUGAUUCCAGGAUCGAAUUCCUGGCAUUUCCCGGCAGGUUUCCUGCGGGUUUUCAUCGGAAACUUACAGGAAUACUGCUGCAAGAAUCAUCGAUUUGGGCUUUGCAGAAUCAAGUAUAGGACUAAAACAAACACAAAAAAGAUUGGUUUUAUUUUUAUUUAAGUUUUGAUAAAGAUCUCAAUGAAUUCAGAGCUAAAUUAGAUGAAUUUUAUCUUGUCAAGAUAUGAUCUUAUGAGUUGAUGGUAUAUUGAUACAACACUUGGUGAUUAUGACACUCUGACGAAUUCAAAAAAGAUUUGAUAAUGAACUAAAAUGAAAAACUCAAUUACCUAGAAAACAUAUUGAAAUGUAGAAAUUUGAUUUAGAUAUGCCACCAAAAAUACAAGAAAUUUUAUCCGAAAAUGACGAUGAUUUAGUUACAUCAUUCAAUACAAAAUCCGAUGAAUAUUAA